AUGGCCCUUCUGAAGCCGAUUCCAUACUCGCUGGAAAAGACAUUUGAUCCAAAUCAAGAUCAGCAGCAAACUCGCAGAACCAUAAACCUCAGUGUCAACAAGCCAGCAGUAGAAUCCCGACACGUGCCACGGCCAACUGGGGAGUUUCAGAAGGUCAAGCACGUGCUGAUAUAUGGGAAUAUAACCAUCUGUCCUUAUCUCAAAGAGGAAGGCUUAAGAAAAAUCCUUCUUUUGGAGGCUGAAUUCCUGUCUAUAACGUGGAAAAAAAUGAUAUUCCUUUGGACUCUUACAUUAGUAUUUGUAAGCCUCUGCGCUUCGCAAGAAGGCUACAAAUGCAAAAAUCUCGAGGAAUUCGAUGCCGCCGAAAAAGGAGAAAUCACGAAUCCUUUGUAUUCAAAAGGAAAUUAUCCAAAUAAUUUGUGGUGCGAGUACCGAAUUACCGCUCCAGAUGGUUACAGGAUAAAACUGACUUUCGAGGAUAUGGACAUCAAGCCCAGUGGCAGCUGCGGAUCGGACAAACUAGUUGUUUACGGGAAAAAUAAGGAAACUGUCCUAGGAGUGUACUGUGGCUUUCAAAUCCCAAACCCUGUACUAUCUCACGAAGACGAGAAUGAAGUAAGACUUCUUUUUGAAACGGAUGACAUGGGAUCUGGUAGAGGAUUUAAGCUAACUUAUGAAUCAUCUCCAUACAUUGAAAUGUGUAAAGAGAAUGAAGGGGAAUGCCGCAACAGGGAUUGUUACCCUGUCGAUAAGAUGUGCGAUGGAGUGGACGACUGUGGAGACGGAACUGAUGAAGAAGACUGUGACAUGCCUAUUGUAAGUCUACCAGCAGAGGAUGCAUGUGGGAAAACUCCCAUUAAGCCAGACACAAUUUAUGGUUCAGCUGACCGCGUGGUCGGAGGAACUGCAGCCGUUCCAAACAGCUGGCCAUGGCAAGUCUCUUUUCAGCAUGCUUACAUCGAGCCUAAUGGACAUUUCUGCGGGGGAACUCUCAUCAAUGCACAAUGGGUUAUCUCCGCAGCUCACUGCUUUGCUAACAAUCCUUUCCCACCAACCGUCAGGAUACAUCUCGGCAGCCAUAACAAAUUCAAUAAAACUAAAUUUGAGCAGACAAGGGUAGCAAAGAAGAUCGUCUCGUAUCCGGACUUGGAAGGCGAAAAAGUAAGAUUUCUAACUCAUUUAAUCCUCUUAAGCCCCGCCUACACAACCAGACAUAUCUCCCUACAAGUCUCCCUCGCAGACAUGUCUCCUGAUA